AUGUCCGGCGAUCUUGUUCAAGAGCUGAAACGUGCCGGUGGAGAGCGCUUUCCUGAAGUAACCUUUGAGUGGGACUCUCAAUGGCCCCUCUACGCCGUCGGCUGGUGUGCGUCGUCGUCGGCUCAGGGCGUCGCACGACUCGCCGUAGGAAGCUUCAUCGAAGAAGGACCCAACAACUACAUUGAGAUCCUUGACUUUGUUCCAGGCAGUAGGGGUACGAUCCGACGCUUCCAAUCGCGACAUAAGUGCUCAAUCGUCUUUCCCUGCACGAAGCUUCUCUGGGAGCCUGCGUAUGAACACUCGCUAGCACGCACCCAGAACGUUGUACUCGCCUCUGCAAGUGAUAUGCUUCGCCUCUGGGCUGUAACAGAGGAGCAUAUGCUUCUUCUGCGAACCCUGGCCCCCAACGAGCGUGCCGAGCAGAUUGCACCCUUGACCUCCAUGGACUGGAACGAAGUUGAUCGGAGCGCGCUGGCGACAGCCUCGGUGGACACCACCGUAGCUGUAUGGGACCCCGAGCUCGGUCGUAUGCGUACGCGACUCAUAGCCCACGACAAUGCAGUCUACGAUGUCUCUUUCGACCAGAAUACUGCCCAUCAUUUCGUUACCUGUGGCGCGGAUGGUUCCGUUCGUCUGUUCGAUUUACGCUCGCUGGACCAUUCGACGGUGCUGUAUGAGUCGCCAACGGGUAACCCACUCUUACGAGUCACGUGGAGCAAACAGAACAGUCACUACUUGCUGACGCUGCCCAGCCGAAGCCGGUACGCCGUCGCUAUUGAUAUCCGCAUGCCAGCAGUGCCUAUGGCGUAUGUUGGUGGCAACACUGGCUCUGUCAACGCCAUCAGCUGGUCACCGAGUUCAGCGAACUACCUGGCAACCGCCGAUAUGGAUGGGCGGUUAGCGUUAUGGGAGCUUGCUCAGGCAGUGCCAAAGACCGAGGUGCGCGCCUUCGCAGCGUGUAAGUUACGAGGGCCCAUAGACAACGUGGCUUGGUCCACUGCGCUUCCGCAGUGGAUCGCGGCAGUAACAGCGCCUUCCUCGUUGACGGUUCUUCAGAUUUGA